ACCUACACAAAAAUUUUCUCUUUCUGCUACUCUAUCCCCAUGUGUCAACAACAGCAGAUAUUGUAUUAUUUACCUGUGUUUGUUCCACGAUAAUAUGGGGUUCUAGGCGUUUUUAAACCCGCGCGCGGCCGUGUGCCACAGUAACGAAUAAAAAUGGAAGCCAAUAUGGCGAGUGUUCAACAAAACGACGUCGCAGAGACGACAAGUAUAGCACAAGAAAAUUUAGUAAACAACACCAAAUACGAUGUCAGCGUCAAGCAUCAAUUCAUGGAAGCAGGAGCCGGAGAGUCCGCUCUUUCAUCUUGAGCAGGACUACUGGUUCGGUGGGAGCGACAAUGUAGUAGUGGAAGUGGAACUAACUGAUGAGGUCAAGGUGUCCCGUGCCGAGCAUGCCUCCAAGCUGUUACGAGACCUAGAUGAGCAGGUCAAAGAAGAAGAACCUUUCCCUGAUUGGCUGGAAGAGAAGAUAGAUCUUCCCAUUUUCGAUGAUCUACCUCCCCCUCCACAGCUGAUGAACAUGGAUGUCAUGGGACUGAAGCCCACUGCCCCUUCCAUCAACAGUUUGGACAUGCUUGGACUGAAACCUGCCCCAAUUAACAACUGCAAUCUGAACAUGGUCCCAAUAAAGCAACCAACUCCGGUAAACAACAUGGGAAUCGAAGCUAUCUCCAUCAAACAACAGCCUCAGACAGUUCUCCCUGCCAAUCCGCUACAAUACCAGAUCCCCUCACCCAGCUUACAGAUGGAUCAGACACCAGUGCUGAUGCAGGAGUUUGACUACCUCAGCGCACCUCAACACCACAACACACUGACUCCGCCAGAGAGUCCAAGGGAAGCGGAGUUAGUGUUCACCAUGCUCCAGGAGAUGCAGCCUCAUGAACUAGAUGAGCUGGUGAGGAUGAGAGUGGAGAGCUUGGUUGAGUCACCUGCAGACACUUCUUGCUCAAGUCUUCAUGAGGAGAGUGAGUCAGUGGCAAGCCCAUCAUCAGAGAGUGGCUAUAGUGACCCUGAGUGGACACUACCAUCAUGCUCUAGUCCUGACCUUAAGGUGUCCAAACGAAGACGGGUGAGCAAACCCUAUGCAAGAACUCCACCUGAGGAGAAGCGUCUGCGGAAGAAGGAGCAGAACAAGAACGCUGCAACCAGGUAUCGGCUGAAGAAAAAGCAGGAGAUCGAGGAGAUACUGGGCGAGGAGAAGGAUUUACAGCAAAGAAAUGAGGGGCUCAAGUCUGAACUGGUGGAGGUGCGUCGGGAGAUCAAAUAUCUGAAGAACCUCAUGCGCGAUAUGUUCAGAGCUAAAGGCCUCAUCAAGUGAAAUUCUUCUAUUAUACUUUAUCAAUUUGUAAAUCCCCUAAGUACAAAAGUAUUUUUAAUUUUUCUAUUCGCUGCAAGGUAUGAUCUCCAAAAGUUGCCCUUUUUGUUGUAGCAAUGCAAUAUAAAAGUUUGUUGUAAGAAUAUUUUGUAGUAGGAAAUUUAAAUUGCCCUUUUUAGCUAAUUAAUGUAAUAGAUAAAACUAUUGUGUUCUUCAUGUGCUUGUAGUAUAGUAUUCUUUAUUGUUUAUGUUAACAUUAAACUCUACUCAAUUGUCGCUCGCAUCGAUUCUUCCAUGAAUUGUGAAAAGUAGAUUUCUUGUGCUGCAAUCAGUCUGUAUUGUUUCUGCUGUUUUUGACAACUAAUGGCAAAAACUGAGCCACAUUAAUGAUGCACCAUAAGGUACUGAUGUCAGUGGUUCGCUUUUUAUCAUUGUUAUUGUUAAGCAACACCAUUAUCAAUACUCAUUGAUGUAUUUACACUUUUAUCAUUCUACAAUCAUUUUUAUAUCAUUUGUUUAGUUUAAUUUGUUGACAAGAUAAACAUUUGCAUAGACACACAUUAAAAAAUAUGUUAAGAGAAUUUCCAUUUAAAUAUACCCGCCGUUCUUUUUAUAUAAAAUAUGUUGCAUAUGAGCAUUUUAAUAUGCAUGAAAGUUAAUUUGUUACAAACAAAAAUAUGAUUUCCUUGCAAAAGUGAAACAUAAUUUUUUACUUGUCAAUGUGUAUGUUUAGUACUUAUUUAGUAUAUUUCUGAAAUAUAUAUCAGAAUAUUGUGAGUUAA